AUGCUAUUGUUAGACAAGGAGAUGGAUUUUCUGGAGAGCAAUAUGCUUUCUCAAAAACCGUGGUACCUUCAGGGCGAAACAAGUAGCAAAGAUCGGCCGGAAAAUGCUUUACUAGAAGAGCAUUUUGAGGUACAACGACACGCAAUUUAUAAACCUGGCCCCAUUGACGAAAACGUAAUCCUUGAAUUCUUGAAAAAAGGUAUUCGCGAACAGUCAUUCGAUAGUGCGGUUUUUAAAUCUAGGCAGAAGGAAGUCGUGGUCACUCCCAAGGAAUACACUAACACUGUCAAGACAUCUCUCGUUGAAGAUUAUGAGAAUCUCUACGUUAAAGCGAAGGCUUUGGAAAAGGUUCAAGAGGAUCCAAAAAAGGACGCUCUUCGGCUGGAAAUUGUAACGCUAUUUGACAAUUUGGAUGCACUCUCGAAUAUGCAUUUUGUUCCACGAAAGCGAAUCGCUGGUUACAACAUCUUGACCAACAAACAAGCAUUGGCGUUGGAAGAGGCAGGUCCCGCAGCGGUUGCACAAUGUGAUCUUCUAGCACCGGAGGAGAUUCUUGCACCUCGUGGCGAGCCGCUCAAGGGGACCACAGAAGUGACAUCCACUGAUAGGCGACGUCAUCGGAAAAAGUUAAUGCGGGUCCGUGCUGGUAAACGCGAAAUGCGUGUUGCCUUGGCUGUAAAAUCAAAAGAUAGACAGGCUGCACUGGAUAAAGUAAUCAAAAUGGCUCAUAAGCCCGGAUCAAACAUUAGAAUUGCAAAGUAA